CUUGUUUGUGCAUCGCAUCCGCAGCUCCUACUGGAUCUAUCGUGCCGUGCCCCCAUUCCCAAGUUACCUUCCCGACUACUCGUCUUCCGAACGACGAAGUUGUGCACUGGGUAGUCAUCACGUCAUCGACUUCGUCUCGUACACGUUUGGAAAGUGUGUCGGUGUUGUGUGGUGAUUGACAGUGUGAUUGUAAAACCAGUGGUAUCAUGGCCAAGAAAAAGGUGCUCCUCAUGGGCAAGGCCCAUUCCGGAAAGACCUCCAUGCGCAGUAUUAUAUUUGCCAAUUACCUAGCCCGAGACACCACGCGUUUGUCGCCGACGUUGGACGUCGAGCACCAUCACGUGCGCUUCCUCGGAGACGUCAUGCUCAAUCUAUGGGAUUGCGGAGGGCAGGACGCCUUUUUCGAGUCCUACUUUGAACGCGAUCGGGAAACCAUAUUCCGAUCCGUCGAACUCCUCAUUUACGUCUUUGACAUUGAAUCGGAAUCGCCGGAAAAGGACUUUGAUCACUUCUGUGGAGUCCUAGAAGCGAUUGAAGAAAACUCUCCCGACGCCCGUAUCUUUGUCCUCGUGCACAAGAUGGAUCUCGUCGCACCGCAGGAUCGCGCGCACGUUCUCCGCGAACGCGAAAGCCUCGUGGCCGAAUCGUGCCAGUCCUGUGGGGUUCAGAAUUUUGCCGUCUUUGGUACCUCCAUCUGGGACGAAACCCUCUACAAGGCCUGGUCGGAAAUCGUUACCAACCUUAUUCCCAAUAUUCGUCUACUGGAAACGCACUUGAGGAAUUUUUGUCGCCUCUGCGAUGCCGACGAAGUAGUCCUCUUUGAACGCGCCACCUUUUUGGUCAUUGCACACGCGCAAGCGGCGGACAAACGUACCGGCCAUUUUGACGCCCACCGUUUCGAAAAGAUUUCCAAUAUUGUUAAGCAGUUCAAACUCAGUUGCGGCAAGGCACAGAGUUCCUUUCAGGGCAUGCAGGUGCGAAACUCGCGGUUCAGUGCCUUUAUUGACGCCUUUACCGCCAACACGUACAUUAUGGUGAUCGUCUCCAAUCCACACGUCCAAACGGCCGCGACAAUCUGGAACAUUCAAAACGCCCGGACCCAUUUUGAAAAAUUCAUCCCUCGCAUUUAG